GUCACGUUGUGCGCUGGGCAGGAUCCGUACAGCCGCAUUGUUGUUGGGGGCAGGAACGGCGAGCUAGCUUGCUAGCACCCACAUAGAUCGCAUCUUACACCAUCAAACCGACCGGCCGCAUAAACAGGCGAAUGGUCGUUUUAACGCGCGGGUUAAUGCGGCUUAGACAGCUCCUCUCGGAAUCCAGGCGGCUGUCGUGGAUACUGCGCCGUAUCCUUCAAACACGAGUAAAAGCUCGAGCGGCUCCCGUUGGAUGCUAACGCUAACGCUGCCUUAGCAGGGACUGGCUGCGUGCUUUAGCCUCCGCUGCUCUACCACAGGCCCUACACGCCGCGGCCGCUUUUAGCUAAGUUAGAAGCUAGCGUGCUACAGCAUUGCUUUGAGGGCUUACUCUACGAUACUUCGAAGCCGAAGUUCCUCCAGGUGUUAAAAAUGAGGAAGAAAAGUCGGAAUAAUCGUGCAGCCACCACACAGAGGUCUCCAUCACCCAUCAAACCCUCACGAAACCGUGAGACUCUCACUUAUGCCGAGGCCCAGCGCAUGGUAGAAUUGGAGAUUGAAGGACGUGUUCACCGAAUCAGCAUCUAUGACAAGCUUGAUAUCAUCAGCAGUGAUGAUCCUUUAGCUCAGGAGAUCAGUGAAUGCAACAGCAACAAGGAGAACACCGAGAAGCCUCAACAGGUUUUGGUGCGCUCUGUACGGCUCAAAAACAAUCAGCAGAAGAAGUGUGCCGCUCUCACUGCAGGACAGACCUCUCCAGCUCAGGGGAGGUUGCCAGAGCCAAAAAUCAGAACGGUUGAGUAUAAUCUUCCAGCUGUGCCACGAAGACCCUCCUCUUAUUACACUUACAUGGAGAAGACAUCAGAUGAGCUGGACGAAGAGGUGGAGUAUGAUAUGGAUGAGGAAGAUUAUGCAUGGCUGGAUCUGAUCAAUGAGAAGAGGAAGAGCGAUGGUUACAGCCAGGUGUCCCAGAAUGUUUUUGAGUUCCUGAUGGACCGCUUUGAGAAGGAGUCCUUUUUUGAAAGCCAGGGUCAGGGGGAUCCACAGUCCCUUAUUGAUGAGGAUGCUGUGUGCUGCAUCUGCAUGGAUGGCGAGUGUCAGAACAGUAAUGCUAUUCUUUUUUGUGACAUGUGCAACUUAGCAGUGCAUCAGGAGUGUUACGGGGUCCCCCACAUCCCAGAGGGCCAGUGGUUGUGCCGCCGUUGUUUACAGUCUCCUUCCCAGCCUGCAGAGUGUAUUUUUUGCCCCAAUAAAGGUGGAGCGCUUAAGAGAACAGAUGAUGAUCGUUGGGGCCAUGUGGUCUGCGCCAUUUGGGUCCCCGAGGUUGGCUUUACCAACACAGUCUUCAUUGAGCCCAUUGAUGGCGUUGCUAACAUUCCGCCAGCUCGUUGGAAGCUGACCUGCUACCUCUGUAAAGAGAGAGGAGUUGGUGCAUGCAUACAGUGUAGUAAGGCCAAUUGUUAUACUGCCUUUCAUGUGAGCUGCGCUCAGAAAGCUGGCCUGUACAUGAAGAUGGAGCCCAUCAAAGAAGUGACUGAUACAGGAUCCACAACAUUUUCAGUGAAGAAGACAGCCUAUUGUUGUUCGCAUACUCCCAACGGUUGUGUUAGGAGGCCCCUUGCCAUUUAUGAAGAGGCCCAACCCAAAAACGGUCUAUGUCAGAAGGGCAAACAGAAAAAUGGAAGGACAAGAGUAAAGGGAUGCCAGAAAAAGAAGAAUAAAAAAGUAGAGGCAGAGCCGGUUCCAGUGGUUCCAGCUGUGUGUGUGCCAAGUAUAACACCUAAAAGCUUCAGCACUAUCCUCAACCAAGUUUCUGUGCAAAGGAAAAGGCUGUUUGUGGAGCGUGUUCUCAGUUACUGGAUGCUGAAAAGGCAGUCAAGAAAUGGUGUGCCUCUUAUUCGACGUCUGCAGACCACCAUACAAACUCAGAAAACACCGCAACUGGAGCAAAGCGAGGAUGACUGCCGGACACUGAAGGAGCAGCUAAAGGACUUGCAUCGCUUGCGGCAUGACCUGGAGCGGACACGCUUGCUGCUGGAGCUCAUUCGCAAGCGAGAAAAGCUCAAGAGAGAGCAGAUGAAGCUUCAGCAGUCAGUGCUGGAGAUGCAGCUAACUCCAUUUACCCUUGUGCUGCGAACUGUGCUGGACCAGCUUCAAGAGAAAGACCAGGCCAGGGUGUUUGCUGAGCCUGUGAGCAUUAAUGAGGUUCCAGAUUAUCUUGAUCACAUCUCACACCCGAUGGACUUCUCUACCAUGAGGAAACGCAUCAAUGCCCAUGAAUACAAUAAUUUGGAUGAGUUUGAGGAUGACUUCAACCUCAUAAUCAAUAACUGCAUGAAGUACAAUGCCAAGGAUACUUUCUUCUACCGUGUUGCUGUGCGCAUGCGAGACCAUGGAGGAGUUAUCCUUAGAAAGGCUCGGCGAGAUGUGGAGCGGAUAGGCUUUGACUUCCCCAGUGGGAUCCAUCUACCAGAAUCACCUAAAAUAGAGCCUCCUCCAGCCCUGACAUGGGAAGCAGUGGACCGGCUGCUGAAUCCAGCAAAUCGGGUGCACAUGUCUUUGGAGGAGCAGCUUAAUAAGCUGUUAGAGAUGCUGGAUUUAACCACUGCUAUGAAAUCUAGCCCAUCACGGAGCAAGCGCAUCAAGCUGCUAAAGAAGACCAUCGGUGAUGUCCGACUUGAAAUGAGCCAGCAGACCAAUUGCCCUCCCUCAGAACAACCCCAGGAGAUGGACACAAUGUGCUCUGUUUCAGAGUGUCUGGAUGAAGAAGUUGACAAGUCAUUACCUCCCAAACUGGAGCCUUCAGUUUCUGUUCCACUUGUCCCAAAUUUGGACAGUCCUUCAGAGCCCCCUGCACUGAAACCCAUGGAACCUAGCCUUGAUAAGUGCCCGAGAAAGGUCAAAUUUGAUGGAAAGAUGCUCUCUACCUCACUGCUAAAUGGACUUUCCCCUGAAGUGCAACCCUCUGAAAACAACAUUGUGGUAGCUACCUCCACACUCACAGAACCAGCAGGCACAGUUAACAGAAGGACCGCAGUGCUCUUCCGGAAGUCUAAGAGUGUUAGCCCCCAGAAGCCAGUAAAGGUUGGACAAGCUUCAGUGGACUGCCCUCAGCUGGGCUCCAAGACAAUUUUGUCAGUGGUCAUUCCUCGUCUAGAGACCCUGCUCCAACACAGGAAGAGGGCUCGCAGUGGAGACAGCCAGGAUGGAGACGAGGAGGCACGCCCAGUGAAGCGUUUUGAUACGGGGCUGUCUAAUGGCUUUGUAUUGGGGCCAAAGAAAGAACUAAGUGGCAGAGUGCUAGAACCUCGCCGCCGCUGUGCCUCAGAGUCCAGCAUCUCCUCCAGCGGAAGCACCAGCGUGCUGGGACAUACGGGCACUGUCAGUCAGCCCAAGAGUGGGAAAGGGAAGCAGGCGAUGGCACGGCGAAACACGACGGAUGACAGAAAUGAACUGACUGCGUGCAUGGAAACGGGGAACAUUUCCAAAGCAAGCAAGUUGGCAGCUGAACUUGACAACAGCAAUAUAUGGAUGCCCUCUAAUACUACCACACUAACUCUGGAACCCUUUAAACUAGUCUGGGCAAAACUUAGUGGAUAUCCCUCCUACCCUGCCUUGAUCAUAGACCCGCAGAUGCCCCGGGCGGGUUAUCAUCGCAAAGGCGUGUUCAUCCCCACUCCUCCACGGGACGUGCUCAGGGUCGGCGAGCUGAUGCAGUACAGGUCAGAGGAGAAACUCUACCUCGUCCGCUUCUUCGACAACAAGCGCAACUGGCAAUGGCUUCCUAAGUCCAAAAUGGUACCUUUUGGGAUCAGCGAGACUUUAGAUAAAAUCAAAAUGUUGGAGGGACGCUCUUCGAGCAUUCGCAAAGCUGUGCAAAGCGCCUUCAGCCGUGCCAUGAACCACUUGAGCCUAGUCCAGGACUUAAGUGACGGGGACUAAACCUCAUUUAAUGGAUCUCUCCAGGGCUCAUCAGCCCCAUGUUUACCUAGUGUUACACUUGCAUAUCGGGGUGGCCAUGAUUAUGAGGAGCCCGAUUGGGGUUUCUUCUCGUUGGCCUUUCAUCAAUAGCAAGAUGAGCUUCUCAAAUGGAUGCGAGAGGAUCUUCACCCUCCACUAAUGUGCUGCAAGACUGCUGUGAACCCUCACUGCCAUCACAACUCUCCCAUUCACUCCAAUCAUCAACCUUUCACAAAAGCCACGUAUCCAACCUUGCCUGUAAAUACCAGACUAUUGUAAGUUAUCCAACACUAAUUUAUUUUUUGGUUGGUACCGCACAUGACCUCAUGGAAUAUUUCUACUCCAAGGUGAAUUCUCAACUUCGCACUGAGGUGCGAACCCCGCUGGUGCUACAACGCGAGCAAAGCCUCAAGAUUUUUUUCCCCCACCCCCCCAGAGACAUGGAUGAGGCUGCCGCACUUACUGUAUGAAACUAAAUUUCUUUUUAGCAGUUAAGUUAUUGAAAUUUACCAAUGCAAGCUUCUCCUCCUUGGCAUUAACAUGUUAUCUACUUUUUUAUAUAAUGACAGAUAUUCUUAUGGGACACAACUAUGUGCUGUUUGUAAAUAUUUAUAUAAAAGCUAUGAAAUUCUAUACUGUAUAUGUAAUAGUUAGAGUCAAAACAUUUUUGAACAGAGAAAAAAAGGUAAAGUAGCGAUGAAAAACCAGAAGUGCAUCACUCAUGCAAAACCAAAAAUUUUGCUGCCCAGAUUUUUUUUCAUGCUUUUUGUUUUUUUUAAUUUACAGUUUUACGAUUUUCACAUGAGCGGGUGUGAAAUAUGAAUGUGUGUGCGUGUGUGUAUAGUGUGUAGUGUACAGAAAAUAGUUGAGAGAUUUUCCAACUUGUUGCAUUUAUUUCACUGUAUUGUUGGGACCUGUGUUAUAGAUUUAUGAGAAUGUGCCUGUGCAAAUGAAUUGUAUUAGAACAAAAAAGUAUGCAAAACUUUAUAUUCAGAGUAUGUUGGGACAAUUUGGUGAACGCUGUGGUUGCCUGUUGUUGCUUUCCGUGUGUGUGUUUUAGUCAUAGCCAUCUAUUGUGACGGUUGAACUUUGUCUUUUUUCCAUAAAGGAUUUUGGGUAGCAAAGGACAUAUUCUUAUGAAUACUUUAUUUUGUAUGAAUGUCAUGUACUUAUAUUGAGUGGUACUCUGUAUUCUUUUCUCUGGGAGGAUCACAUAAUAGCCAAUGGUAGUUAAUGCUGGCAAGAUCCAGUAUUUUUUGUAAGUACACUGAAAAUAAAAAAAAAAUGGAAGAAACAAAUCAGCUGAAGUAAAGCUUGAUUUUUACACUGAACAGUCCUGUUUUGUUGAGGUGGGUUGGGUGAGUAUGAGGUAAAAUGUACUGUACGUUAUCAGAAUAGCCAAUAGAUGGAGCUCUGGAAUAGCAGUUUCUCUGAGAGCGUUGCAUGAAGUGCCCCCUGCAUAUGCUUAGAAUUUGCUGCUGAUUUAUUAGGUACACUUACUCCGUAGCCAUAACUAAUAUGUUGCUUUACCUCUUACACUUAUUCCAAAAAUCUA